GAUUCAGCAGCAACUAUUUGGCUUGGAUUUUGUCGGGGAAGAUAGAUGGCGGCGGCCUCGCAGGAGAAGCAGCAGCAGCAGCUGCCGACGUUCGGCGUGCUGAGAAACGCGGCGGCGCUGCUUGACGAAAUGCAGCUCAUGGGGGAGGCGCAGGGCGCCAAGAAGGUGAUCAACUCGGAGCUCUGGCACGCCUGCGCCGGGCCUCUCGUCUGCCUGCCGCAGCGCGGGAGCCUCCUCUAUUACUUCCCCCAGGGCCACAGCGAGCAGGUCGCGGCGACCACCAAGAAGACGCCCAACUCCCGCAUCCCCAACUACCCGAGCCUGCCGUCGCAGCUGCUGUGCCAAGUCCACAACAUCACAAUGCAUGUAGGUGCACAGUGGCGGAUCCAGGAAUUAAAUUUAGCCGGGGCAGAAAAUUUGAGGUACAAAUUUUUUGAUUGACAAAUGCAAGUCCGC